GGCUGGCAGUUACAAAUGGAUGUUCAGUAUGUACGAAAGCUCAACUCCUGGAACUGGGCUACCGUAAUUCAUAACAUCUCAUAUCAUCCUUCAAACUUGGCUAAAGCAGGUCAGCUUGGAGUCUUAGUCCUUCCUCUGGGUGAUGUCACUGCUCUGGAGGACUCCUCCCCUCUACCUGCUCUGGAGUAUAAAGGGAUACUUGUUUCGCAGAGGAGCCACAUCACUGACUUUGAGGCAUUGGCUCAAGUAAGUGGCUGCGAUUCCACCAGCUUGAGAAGCCAAGCAUCCGUCCGUCCAUCCAGGCGUCUGUUCUCAACUCAAGAGACAAGGAGCACCAAACAACGAUCCACCACCACCAUCACCACCACCAUGUCAGCUGGAUUGGAGCUCAUAGGGAUCGUCUGCAGCAUUCUUGGAUGGCUCCUGGCCAUCGUCUCCUGCGCCCUUCCCAUGUGGAGGGUCACCGCCUUCAUCGGCUCCAACAUCGUCACAGCCCAGAUCAUCUGGGACGGCCUGUGGAUGAGUUGCGUGGUCCAGAGCACCGGACAGAUGCAGUGUAAAGUCUACGACUCCAUGCUGGCCCUGUCCCAAGACCUCCAGGCCGCCCGAGCCCUGACCGUCAUCUCCAUUCUCCUGACCGUCCUGGCGGUGCUGGUGUCAAUCGCCGGAGCCAAAUGCACCAACUGCAUCGAGGACGAGUCAUCCAAGGCCAAAGUCAUGAUCAUCGCUGGGGUGCUGUUCAUCAUAGCAGGGCUGAUGCAGCUGAUCCCCGUCUGCUGGUCGGCCAACACCAUCAUCAGGGACUUCUACAACCCUUUGCUGACCGACGCACAGCGCAGGGAGCUGGGGGCAGCUCUGUACAUCGGCUGGGCCGCCGCCGCCCUGCUCAUGAUGGGAGGAUCCCUGCUCUGCUGCUCUUGCCCUCCGCAGGAGAAGAAAUACAAUCCCUCAAGAAUGGCCUACUCGACCCCUCGCUCCACAGCUGCCGGUGGGUACGACCGAAGAGACUACGUAUGAAUGGAUGAAAGAGAAGAACUUUGAACUGAUCUUAUACACACCUUUUUUGGUGUAGAACCUUUCCUGACAAGGGUAUAUAUAUAUAUACUUAUAUAAGUGCCCUCCCAGACUCCAAAAUGUAUGAAGGAGAACGUUUAUUGUUUUGCGUUUUUGCAUUUUUUUUGUCAGGGGGCUAUGAAAAGAGUUUGCUCUCACAACAAGUCACAGCUAUGAAAUGUAGCUAAAUGAUGGCACUGAGCGAUUUCGUAGGGCUUGUUUUGGGGAAAUGUUUUAAAAAAGUUUCUGACUUUUAUAUACAUUGUUUAUAAGAUUGUUAAGAAUCUUAAAUGCUUAAGUCUAUGUUAUAAUCUGUAAAUGGUAAUGCUCCAACAACAAGCCUACCAACCCACAAGAUUAAUGUUUUUCACUGUUUUGUUUUUUGUUUUUUUAUCUAAAAAAAUACAUUUCAAUAUUAGUUUAAAAAAAAGUAUUUUGCCUUUGUACGACUUUAAUGUGCUCGUUUAUAUGUAUCACUGCUUUAUCUCUGAGCGCUUGGCAAAGAUUCGAGGACAAAAGAAAGAAAAAAGAAAGAAAGAGUUACCUGAGCUGCUGUACAUUGUAGUUCGCCCUACACAAGGGAGGCUUGUGGAGCAGCAAUGUGGGAAGAACGCCAGGAGACACAAUGUGAGCACCUCAUUGUGGGCAGCCAAGCAGAGAGGAACAUUUGUGUCAAGCUGUGCCUACAGUGGAAAAGACGGUUCCCACAAAUCCAUCUUAUUCAGUUCUUUUUUAGAAAGAAAAGUGUGUAUUUUGUGUUUUUGCCUGUGUGUUUGAGUUUAUGUAUAAGGUGUAACAUUGUAAUAAAUUUGGAUUUUGUUAAAA